AUGUUCGCCCUAUAUAAAAGUAAAAUAGAAACUAAUAUCGCCUGGAUCCCAAACACGAGGAGGAGAUUUUAUGGAGACGGCGGAGGAGACGGCGGAGGAGAAGUAUUUCCGUUUGCAGAGAGCUUACUGGCUUCAAGUGGCGGAAACCGAAGGUUUUGAUUUAGAGCAUGUUGUUGUACCGCCAUCUAUGAUUGGAAGGAUAAAUGGACUGAUAGCCUACGACUGUGAACGUUAUGUUGACCAUUAUCCUCACCGUAUGUUGGUCAAGCAUUAUGCUAAUGUGGGGCUUCAUCGUUACAAUAUGUUGAAGAGAACUAACUUCCAUCUCGGGUCCCUAAAGAAAUUCAACAUGUUACAGAACUUUGUGUCCUCUUACUACAUGACUCUGCUUGCACACGAUCUACGUUCUUGCCCAUCGGGUAAAGAUUUUCAAGUUCGAGUCGAUGAACGCACCUACGGGAGUUUGGAUUUGACAGUCUCCGUUGCUAGACCUAAAGACGAAUUAGUGACCACCAAGAUGCCCUUUAUACCUCACUUUCACGGUGGCGCAUCCGCUUCUGGUAUCUUCAUAGGUGAUUUGCCUGAUUGGCCCUCGGAUGAUGAUUUAAAAGACCAAAACCGAUUUUACUUGGUCAAGGAAGCAGACAUGCAAUAUAAUAAUUGGAUCUUGAUGUAUUUGGAACUUGUAAUUUGUGCAGCUGAUAGGUCCAUCAAUCGUUAUAGCCGUCUGUCCGGGUUGAAUAUUGUGGAAGUAGUGAUAGAAACUACAGAUGUGCUGCCGCCGAAGAGGAGGCUCAAGGCCAAAUGUGCAAAUGUCUACAUAUCAUUUACGGGCAUAUCUGAGCUUCAUGCCCCUCAACAAGUUUUUCCAAGUGGUGUGAAUCUUAAACGACAAGCUAUCGUCAGAAGGGUCAUGGACGAUACAGGAUAUUUUACUCUUGUUGGUAAGCUUUGUGGUGGUGAGAAAAAAGAAUGAGAAGGGGGGGUUUAAACCUUUGUUUUUUUAAGAGUAUUCAAAAAAGGGGAUGGACCAUAUAAGUUGCUACUAAUACUAUGUUCUGUUUGUUGCAUUGUCAGACGUUGAGUAAUACUCAUUAUGAGAGUCUAAUUAAUAUAAUGAUUCGAUGUAGUUGUCAAGAUAAGUAUUUGCCUAAUACUGUAUACUUUAAUUUAAUUUUAUUACUUUUAA